AUGCAAAAGAUGGGCAAGGGAUGGACAAGGGCAGCCUACGUAAAAGUGUUACAUGCUAGAGGCGGAGGCCUUCUGGUUGUCGCAGAUCCGAAUGUCUGGGCCUUCCACAGCAAACAUGUUUGUCUCAAGGAGCAAGGGGUCGUGGAUAAAUCAGAGUUUACUUGGGAGUCCUCCCUUCUUGAAACAUCGCCUGAAGUGAAUUUCGUCUUCAAAUUGGUGUUGGGCGAUCGACUAGGCUUGUUGACAGAGGCCAAAGUCUAUCAUAUCCAUGGGUAG